AUGACAGAUAUCACAUAUCUCUGUCAGAUAGGGGAAUGGAAUGUCAUCUGGAAAAAUAUUUUUGUGAAUCAGAAAGAAAUAUGGAAGGAACUUCACAGCAUUAUGCAAGACUUGAUUGCCAUGCGACGCACAUUGCUAGCAGAUACAUACACACAGGACCAGAAACAAGACUUAAAAAUGAAAAUUGCCCAAAAAAUCGACUGGGGAAACAAGAAUUUGUCAUUGGAUUUGGUUCCAAGAUUGAAUGGAGAACAGGUGGAUGCUGACAAAAUCAGCAUUGUCCAACUGUAUCGAAUUCACAAAGACAGUGAAAAUUAUAUGGUCCGCAGAAAGGUUCAUGGCAGCGAUCAUCUGAGCAAUGAAUUCAAGUCUCUUUCUAUAACCAAUCUGCUGGUAAAUUUCAAGAGUUUUCCUUGUUCUGUCAAUGAAGAUCUUGAGCUUUACUUUUCCAUUUAUGAUGCCAAAGAUUCCAAAUUUAUCAGUGAGCGCUUUCUUGUAAAAUUAACACACCAAGGAAUGCCAAAAACUAUGGAGAAACUAAACAACUGUUAUGGCUUAUUCACUGACCUCAGUUCAAAUGACAUGGAGAAAGAUUUAUGGCUUGUCAUUCAGAUAUACAGAAUAGGAAAAAUGUUGAUAAAUGAAACCUCUAAGAAAGCAAUGAACCAAAAGUUUAAACGGCCCUAUGGUGUUGCAGCUUGUUCGUUCAGGGAUAUUAAUCAAAGCAGUUUUAUACAUGAAGAGAAAGAAAUCUCGCUUAAAGUUACAAGUUGUGUUGACAAAGAAGAGUUGUUUAUAAACCUUCAUGAAAAUAUUAUCAAGAAAGCUUCACCUCGUUUUUCCUCAUCAUCGGAAAAAGCCAACUUAGUUUUCAUUGUUUUCCUUUUUUUUUUUUUUUUUUUUUUUUUUUUUGAAUCUACCUCUUUUUCUUACCUCUAUCCCUGCCUCUUUCUUCUCUCUCUCUCUUUCUUCCUUUCCGUCAUUCCUCCAUUUCUCUUCUCUCUCUUUUUCCCUUACCUCAGUCUCUACUAUCUUUUCUCUAUUUCUUCUUUACCUUCAUUCCCCCAUUUCUCCUCUCUCUCACCUCCAUCCUCACCAUCUUUAUUUGCUCACCUUCAUUCCUUCGUUUCUCCUUUCUCUCACCUCCAUUUCUGCUAUCUUUCUUUUCUAUCUCUAUUCUUUACUUUCAUUACUGAGUUUCUCCUCUUUUCUUUUCCUUAUCUCUUUUUCCACAACUUAUCUUUUCUUUCUCUAUUCUACCAUUUCUACCCCCUCACUCUCUCCUUUACCUCUAUUCUUGUUUCUCCUCUUUUAACUCCAUCCAUUUUGCCUUCAUUCCCUCUUCUCUCUCUCUUACCUUCAUUCUCCCAUAUCUCCUCUCUUUUCCAUACCUACAUUCUCUCUCUCUCUUUACUGCUGCUCUCUUUCUUUUUCUAUCCUUUUCCUCUUUCUCUUUUUAUCUUUAUCUAUUACGCCUUUCCCCUGCUCCUCUCUCUCUUUGUUUCUUGUUACCCACUUCUCUAUUUACUUACCUUCUCUUGUCCUAAUUAUUUCUCUCCUUUGCAUGAAUCUUUUGUAUCUCCUCCUUGCUAUUCAUAUUUCCUUGAAUUUUCCUAUGGAAGCAGCUGCCUCCGCAGCUCAAAGCAAACUACUUUUCUAUAUGGACAGAUUCCAAUCAGACUGACGACAAAAGGAGCUGGCUACCUUUUUCCCAUCUGCCUUUUCUUCGUAGAAUACUAUUCAGGUCUUCAUAUUGGUCUUCAGAUUAUGUUUGGCGACUUAAUGUCACUCAAGGCUGUACAUCCAGUCUUGUUCAACAAAGGUGUGGACCUUGUGCAGAAAUGUAUGUUUCCAGAAUCAUUGCUGCCUGGUGAAGUUCGGAAUGACUUGUACAUUGUUCUCAACUGUGGAGACUUUGAAAGAGGCAACAAAAAAGCAGCAAAGAAUGUAGAGGUGGAGAUGACAGCAUUUGACAGUGAUGGAAACAUAAUUCAUGAUUGUAUCUAUGGUGGAAUUAGUGAGCCUCCUACAACCAGCUACCUUUCCACUGUGUUCUAUCACAACAAUAAUCCGCGAUGGAUGGAAACUAUUAAGUUCUGCUUGCCCAUUGAGAAAUUCACUGGUGCCCACAUACGCUUGGAUCUUCGGCACUGUUCCACUCGGGACAAAGGGGAGAAGAAGCUGUUUGGGUUCACGUUUUUGAAAAUAACGAGCAGUGAUAUUACUCUCAUGGACAAUGCUCAUACUUUGUGUAUAUACAAAUGUGACUCUUUAUCACAACUCAAAAAUUCCUCUUACAUCAAUUUGCCCUGUACAACUUCUGAAUUAAAUAACCCCAUUUCAUCAGCCCUGCAGACUGGAGGACCACAUUUUCAACGGAGUGCACGAGAAUAUAUAGAAGUCACUUCCUGUCUCUGCUCAACAAAAUUCACACAAAAUAGAGAUCUCCUUGAAAUCUUACAAUGGCGGACAAAGAGACACAAGAUUUCUUCCAGUUUGGAAAAGCUAGCAAGUAUACAGGAUAUCGACAUAGUGCGAUACCUUCAUGAUAUCCUUGAUACACUCUUCGACAUGUUCAUAUCUGACUCUGCACAACCAGUUUCCUAUGCUCAAAAUGUUUUUGAAGCUCUUAUUCAUGUUUUCCAUUUGCUUACAGAACGUAAAUUCAAACACUAUGUGCCUGGCUUCCAGUCUUACCUUUAUGAGACGUUUUCCUCAUCUCUUGUGUACAGAGACUUACUAUUUUGUUUGGGUCAAAGUAUAACCAAAGUGAUUGAUGGCAGCACGGAUAAAAUCCUAAAGCAAAUGUUCAAAGUAUUUGAUUAUUUGUUCCAGUUUAUUGUACAAUCAAAUGUGCUGUUUGUCAGGACUUAUACCUCAAGCGAUGCAAUCGAUUUUUCAGAACUCAUUGGCAAUGCAUUUAAAAAGAUGGGAAAAUUAGUAUCACUUAGUAACCCUUCAUUACAUAGCAGUCAGGUUUUGCUACUGACUCACCUGCCCAGCAUCUAUCAUUCCCUUUUGAAGCUGGUGUCCUGUCAAGUUAUCACGCAACAUGUUGCCAACAUUGUUAAUGAAAUGCCAAAAGAACUUUCAGAAUCCCUUCUAAAUGCCAAGCUACAACUUCUUCAUGAUACUGUAAACACAGAACUGAUAGCUGAUAAAGAAUCACGUCGUAUACUGCUGAAUCUGUGCAUGUCACAAAUCAAACGAUGUUUUAUUCAUAAAAAAGCUUUGCAGUUGGCCAUCACAGUCCUUGAAGAUAUCCUCAAAUACCUUUACACCUUGAAAAUGGGAUCGUUAGUAAGUUGUCUGGUUGAAAUGCUACGACUUAUGGAUGACCAACAUUACACAUCACUUUUUCAAGCAUACACAAAUAAGGCACCAUUGAAGGAUUUUUUAGUGCGGGUAUUACUGACAUUCCUUGAACUGAUCAAACCAGGCAACUUUCCUUCUGAUUGGUCCGUCAUGAGAAUGGUGAUGAACAAUGUCAUUCUCACUUCUAUCCAUUAUUUUGCCCGAGCAUUGUCGGACCACUUCCUGCAAGCAGAUGACUUUGAUUAUCAGCUCUGGAAUAAUUAUUUCAAUCUAGCAGUAGCAUUCAUCACUCAGCCUAGUCUUCAAUUAGAAAAUUUUUCUGUUGCCAAAAGGCAGAAAAUCAAGGAAAGAUACCAAGACAUGCGAGUUCUUUUGGGCUUCCAGAUGCAAACUUUAUGGCAGGAAUUAGGGCAGCACAAGUUAUGCUUCAUUCCCUGUAUGAUUGGACCAUUCCUGGAAGUAACUCUUGUACCAGAAACAGAACUGCGCAAAGCAACUUUACCAAUUUUAUAUGAUAUGAUGGAAUGUGAACAGAAGAUUCCUGAAGAAUUAAAAACCGUGGAGAAUGAAAUCAUAGAAAAACUGGAUAUUUUUAUUACAGAUGAUAAAGGAGACACUGAAUACAAAGAACUCUUCCAUGACAUACUUUUGGAAAAAGUACAAGCAGAACCAACCUUACGUGAGAAUGGCACUUAUUUCAUCCAAUCAGUCACUGACCUGUUGGAGCGACUUCUUGAUUACAGGAAAUUUAUUGAUAAAGAAGAGAAUCGAGACAAACGGAUGCAAUGUACUUACAAUAUUCUGAAUUUUUACCACACUGGAAUCAAGAAGGAAGAAAUGUAUAUUCGGUAUAUCAAUAAAUUAUAUGAGUUGCAUUUAUCAACAGACAGCUAUGUGGAAGCUGGUCUCACUCUUCGCCUUUAUUCUGAACUUUUGGAUUGGAAUGAUUCUAUAUUGGCAUCAGAGAUGAGGUAUCAUGCUCAACAGGAAUGGGAACGCAAAGAGAAACUUUACUUAGAAAUUAUUGACUGUUUUGACAGGGGCAAGGUCUGGGAAUAUGGUAUCCCACUUUGCAAAGAGCUGGCCUCUUUGUAUGAAUCAAAACUUUAUAACUACCAAGAACUGAGUAAAAUUCUGCAAAAAGAAGCAAAAUUCUUUGAAAAUAUCCUUGAAGGGCCAUUUUUAAGACAAGAUCCUUGUUAUUAUCGAGUUGCAUAUUAUGGCAACAGUUUUCCUAAAUUUGUGCAGAAUAAGGUAUUUGUUUAUCGUGGUGAUGAGUGCUUAAAACUGCAGACCAUCAUGACCCACUUGACCACUGAAUAUCCGCUGGCUACAAUUCUGAAUCAUAAUAACCCACCUGAUGACUUAAUGAAACAAGGAGAACAACAAUACAUUCAAAUCAGCUGUGUGAAGCCAGUGGAAAACCAAAGAGUGGAAUUGGACAAUUCCAAUGUUCCUCGAGAAAUUAAAUUCUUCUACCAAGUUAAUGAAGUUGAUACGUUCUUAUUUGAUCGACCAUAUCAUCGAGGAGAUCGCGACAAAAACAAUGAAUUCAAGACUUUGUGUAUAGAGCGAUCCAUUUUGAAAACCACACACAAGCUGCCUGGAAUUCUUCGUUGGUAUGAAGUGGACAAUGUUAAUGUACAGUUCUUGACUCCAAUUGAAGUGGCCAUUGAUAUGAUGAAGCAAGCUACUAAAGAUUUAAUUAUACAGACAGAAAAGUGUCGAAUCAGUCCCAAGACUGAAAUUCCAUUCCUUUCUCUAAAAUUGAAUGGAAUGAUCAGUGCCUGUGUGAAUGGAGGAGUUGCCAAAUACCAAGAGGCAUUUUUCAGCCCCGAGUAUUCUUCAAAAUAUUCCAGUGAACUUCAUUUCCUGGAAGAGUUAAAGAAUGUGAUGAUGGAACAAAUGCAUGCCUUAGAAGCUUCUUUGGAAUUGCACGGGAAAGAGACUAAUGAAGAAAUGCAGCCUCUCCACAAACAAAUGGAAGACCAACUCUGCAUCACAAAACGAGAUAUUCUACAGCUCUCCAAAAUGCAACUAAAACGCCUUUUAAUAAAAUAUCCACCUCAUCGGCAUGAACAGGCAGAGGAUCGACCAGGCACUCCAAGCACAGGAUCUGUGCAUUCCAAUAGCAGUAAUCGAUCAUCUACAUUAUCAACUGACACAGGUUUCCAUGAUGAAGACAAUCCAAGUAACUACUAUUCCGAUGUUAAAGAGAUUGUUAUCAAAUCAAAUUCUCAGGCUUGCCAGGUACCAAGUGAACCAACAAAAACAACUUCAUCCUAUGACAUCUUAAGUGGGUGUAAAGAUAAUGCAACUCCACAAAAUCCCUACAGCAAUCCAAAAUCAGGAACAAGUGCUAGUAGCAGAAAAUGUUCCACACCUGAAUUCCAGCGUAGACCUCCUCCGCCUUUACCACAACGCCUUCAAUUAGGGGAAGAUUCUAAAACAAAACAACCUGUAAAUGGCGCAUCAAGGCCACCAGUUCCUCCCAAAACACCAAAGACUCCUGUAUCUCGAAUGGAAGAUGAACCUUUCUUCUUAUCAUCUGCUGAGCUGCCUAGUGUAAAGCCAAGGCCAACAAUCCCAAUCACCCCAGCACCCCCUUUGCCUCCACGUAAGGCAUCAGUGUCUCCAACAGUGGCCAAAACAGUGCAGGAAUUUCGUCAAUUAGAUGAGAGUGAAAAUGGAAAGCAGGAAAAACCACCACCACUUCCGAAACGAUUAAGUUACAAAUAG